CCACGCCAUUUGAAAUGAGGAGGAGAAAGGGAAAGCACAAGCAGCGGCAGCACCAGCAGCGAGGAGAGGAGAGGGGGAGUGAUGAGUCAAUACAACUAAUAAUUUAAUGGGGACAGAGAGGGAGAGACGGAGUGAGAGGGGGGAGAGAGACAGAGGGAGAUAGAAAGAAAGAGGAGCUCCGUCCGGACGCCAAUCCCCAACCAACAGGACACCUCCUACUAUUACUAUCGCAGGCAGCUCUCUUAUGCGUCCACAGCAAGCCUUAUUUAUGCUCGGCAUCGGAAAGUAAUCCGCACUUUUUGACCCCCCUCUCCUUGUUUUAUUUUGCGAACCUGUUUCGACUGUCCGCAUAUCGUCUCUCCACAUCGCCUCCAACGCGAUAGCAAGACCACACUGUCGGUUAUUAUUUUUCUCUCUCUCUCAGUCAGCCCGGUAGUCAAAUCUAGCUAAACCGACGUUGAGCUAUUUUUUUGUGUACGUUAGUCCCUCUCUUCGUCAACAUACACAACAGUGGUUUAUUGGGUCUCGGCGGCGGUUCUCAUCAUUACAACUGUGUCCGAGGUGCUUUGGUUUCUACUGGCGGGCUGCUAACUGUACUGUACGGCUGCCUGGCUGCCUGGCUGCCUGCCUGCCGAUGGAGCGGUUCGGAUGUUGUGGUGCGAACUAAAAGCAGAAGUCGCCUUCACUUGUAAGCGAUGGACGCGGCUAACCGCACACUUUGUGCUAAAUGUCGCCGGUUCUAACGGUUUGGGUUUCCGUUUUUUUCUUCCAGUUGGACGGAAUAAGCUAACGGACACCACACACCACACACGCAUUACACACACAUAACCAACCGCUUACCAAUGUUCGCCUAUCACAGUCCAUCUCGACCUCGUCGUCUCUCGCACAGACCCGGGUUGUUGUUUUUUCCUACCGCCUGUCAAUCAUCCGCAAAGAAGAGCAGGAGAAAGCGUCUUUUUAAACACUGAUUUUAUAUAUUUUUUAAAUAAGCGUUUGCUGUCAUGCACACGUAGAGAGAAAGAGAGAGAGAGAGAGAGAGAGAGAGAGAGAGAGAGAGAGAGAGAGAGAGAGAGAGAGAGGGGUAACAAGACCGAGAAGCAGGAGUUGUUUUGGGUGUCUUUUUUUUUUUUCUUUUCUACCCUGGCCAAACUUGAAGAAGACGUGUUUUCCAGGCGGUGUUAUAUGCUCAUCAGUGCUGAAGUGCUGCGUUUCAGGUGAUAGUGAGCAGAGGUGCUGAGAAUGAUGGACCAUCUCAGCGAGGCGUGUAUGGGCAAGGAGAACUCUGACCUGGUCAACAGCAUGGCAGAGGCCAAGGCCCCGCCGGCCAAGCUGCCCCGGCUGGAGCAGAACGGCAGCCCCCUGGGCCGGGCCAGGCUGGGCAGCACCGGGGCCAAACUAGCCGGGGUCCCGUACAAACCCACCGGCCACCUGCUGAAGACCUGUCACAAGAGAGGCAACAUGCUGCCUGUGUUCUGUGUGGUCGAGCACUACGAGAAUCCCAUGGAUUUCGACAGCAAGGAGGAGCACGCCGAGUUCGUCCUGGUGCGUAAGGACAUGCUCUUCAACCAGCUCAUCGAGAUGGCCCUGCUGUCGCUGGGCUACUCCCACAGCUCAGCGGCCCAGGCCAAAGGUAUGAUUCAGGUGGGGAAGUGGAACCCUGUCCCUCUGUCAUACGUGACGGACGCACCGGACGCUACAGUGGCUGACAUGCUGCAGGACGUCUACCACGUGGUCACGCUUAAGAUCCAGCUGCACAGAAAUCUAGCCAGUAACACCUUAAAUUGUUUCACCGAGCACAACGAGCCAGGAAGUUGUCCUAAGCUGGAGGACCUUCCGCCCGAGCAAUGGAGCCACUCUACAGUAAGAAACGCCCUCAAGGAGUUACUCAAAGACAUGAAUCAGAGCUCUCUGGCUAAAGAAUGUCCCUUAUCACAGAGUAUGAUUUCCUCCAUUGUGAACAGCACUUACUAUGCAAAUGUGUCGGCGGCGAAGUGUCAGGAAUUUGGGCGCUGGUAUAAACAUUUCAAGAAGACAAAAGAUAUGAUGGGCAUACGCCAACCCUCCCAGCUGGAGGGCUACCUGGGGACGUGUGUCCUCCGUGAGAGCCCCCGUGCCAAUGCACUAGCAGAGAUGGAUGGCCUGUCCGACCUCUCUCCACCCGGCUCUAAUCACAGCCACAGCCACAGCCACAACCACAACCACAACCACAACCACCUGGGCUUCUCCCAGCAGCAGCAGCCUAUUCCCGGCAGCACAGCCGAGCAGACUCCUUCCUCGCCGGUGCCACCGCUGCCCCACGCCCCACCGACGCACGGUGGCCAGACCGGUGGCCGGCAGCCCCAGCUUCCCAGCCUGCACCACCCGGGCCUGGUGUCCACGCCCAUCAGCCCCCAGCUGGUCAACCAGCAGCUUGUGAUGGCACAGAUCCUCAACCAGCAGUACGCAGUGAACCGGCUGCUGGCGCAGCAGUCCCUGUCCCAGCAGUACCUCAACCACCCACCUGUCAACCGCAACUCCCACUCCAAGCCCAUGGAGCCACAGGUGGCAUCAAACACAGAGGUGUCCGUCGAGAUUUACCAGUGGGUGAGGGACGAGCUGAAGCGGGCGGGCAUCUCGCAGGCAGUCUUCGCCCGCGUGGCCUUCAACAGAACCCAGGGCCUGCUGUCUGAGAUUUUACGCAAGGAGGAAGACCCUAAAACAGCGUCCCAGUCGCUGCUGGUCAACCUCCGCGCCAUGCAGAACUUCCUGCAGCUGCCGGAGGCUGAGCGCGAUCGCAUCUAUCAGGAUGAGAGGGAGCGCAGCCUCACGGCAGCAUCGGCCAUGGGCGCCCCCCCACUCAUCAGCACUCCACCCAGCCGACCUGUACAGCCGCGGAGGGAAGACUGUAACAGCGUAAGGCCCGAGGACUGGAACCCCCGAACCCCCGUGGGCAUUUCCCCUGUAAAACCAUCGCCUCUGCCCAGCGAGUGGAACGGCAAAACAGAGAGCUGCAUCCUCAACAUCAACUCCACCAUCUACGACGAGAUCCAGCAGGAGAUGAAGAGGGCCAAAGUUUCCCAAGCCCUGUUUGCAAAGGUGGCCGCCUCCAAGAGCCAGGGUUGGCUCUGUGAGCUGCUGCGUUGGAAGGAGGAUCCCUCUCCGGAGAACCGGACGCUCUGGGAGAACCUCUCCAUGAUCCGCCGCUUCCUGAGCCUCUGUCAGGUCGAACGUGACGCCAUCUACGAGCAGGAGAGCAGCGCCGGGCAGCAGCAGCACCACAACGAGCGGCCCAUGCACUUGAUGCACAUCUCCACUGAGCAGCCACAGGCUCAGCCACCCCAUUCACAACAGCAGCACCCGCCCUCCCUGUCCCUCCAGCACCCCUCCCAACCCCUUUUGUCCCAGCAGCCCUUGCAGCAACUGCAGCCCUGCACCGGCCCCCGGUUGCCGCCUCGCCAGCCCUCCACCGCUUCCCCGGCCGAGACGGAGGACGAGGGCAGCCGCGGAGGGAGCAUCAAGUCCCGCACCUGCGGAGGGAAGAUCUCCCUGGAGGCUCUGGGCAUCCUGCAGAGCUUCAUCCAGGAUGUAGGCCUGUACCCCGACGAGGAGGCCAUCCACACCCUGUCGGCCCAGCUCGACCUGCCCAAGCUCACCAUCAUCAAGUUCUUCCAGAGCCAACGCUUUUACAUCAAUCACCCAGCCAAGGCGCCCAAGGAGCCCAGUAACAACAACAACAACAACAACAACAGCAGCAGCAGCACCGCGGCCACCACCAACACCAACACCAGCAGCAGCGGGGGCAGCAGCAGCAGCAGCCCAGCCUUCGAGGAGGAGCUAACGGACUUCAGGGAGAGCGCAGAGCUCCUGAAGGAGCUGGACGACAGCACGCAGACCAACAGCACCAUCUUCUCCAUCAAGAUGGAAGAGCAGCUGGCCCGAGGCACAGAGGCCCAGUCCGAGUCUGAGCACGAGGCCAAGGAGUAGGACUCCCCUG